AUGAACAACAUCUCUGGAACUAUACCGAAAUGUCUCAACAAUUGGACUACUUUGGCUAAAAAAGGAACGUCAACUCUAACUAUGCAUCAUCAGUCCUUUCUUUUAGACUAUAUAGAUGAAGAAUAUGUAACAUGGAAAGGAGUAAGGUCAAAAUACAAAAAUACUCUGGGACUUUUAAAGAGUAUUGAUCUCUCAUGCAAUAAGUUGAGUGGGGAGAUUCCUACUGAAAUCACUUAUCUUGUUGGUGUGGUUUCUUUAAACUUGUCGAGAAACCAAUUAACAGGUCAAAUACCUUCAAGGAUUGGAAAUUUGGAGGAGUUGGAUUCUCUUGAUUUAUCAAGAAACCAAAUAAAUGGCAGAAUUCCAACAAGUCUUUCUUGGAUAUAUCGUAUUGGUUACUUGGACUUGUCACAAAACAACUUGUCUGGAAAAAUUCCAAUAGGCACUCAGCUCCAAACCUUUGUCUUUGCUUAUGGUGGAAAUCCUCUGCUUUGUGGAGAACCACUCCCAAGGACAUGCUCCGAGGAGGAAAAAGGUCCAGGACAACCAGUGUUGGUGAAUGAAGACGAUAAAGAUGGGCUCAUAACACAAGGAUUUUACAUCAGCAUGGGGCUUGGCUUUGCUGUUGGAUUUUGGGGAGUUUGCGGCACUCUUUUGCUCAACAGCGCAGGCACCUUUGAGACGACAUCCUUCCCUUCAGUUGAAGAUGGAUGCGAUGGACUCCUAUUUGUACUAGUUUUCGAGUAUUUGAGUGAUGAUAAGGGAUCUCACUGA